AUGCGGCGUGAAGCCCGAGCAGAGCUGUUUGGCUCUGUUAGGAUCGCAAGCUUUCGCUUUCCGUAUUUGGGCGCGUAUGACGUCUGGAUCGGGUCCCGAGAGCGCCUAGUCGAGACUCGAGUGUGCGCCGGACGAUCAAGCAGUGGGGCUCUCGAGUGCCACCAUGUCCCAUCCGCAUCCGCAGCUUGCUCACACCCAUGCUCUGACUCCCACCUUCUCCUCUUCACCGCCCUCUUCAUCUCGCUCUCUCCCCCCGACGAUUCCCCUCACGAACUCUCACGAAUACCUGUCUCUCGGAACGCACAACACGAGGAACACGCCCGCACCAUGCCGCCGCCCGAAGAGCUCCCAAGGCACGACGCCGCGUCGACCACAAGUCCAGCGAGCUCGGAUGGCGAGAAGAAGCGCGUCGACAGCAAGCUCGACGACGUCAGCAACGAAAAGCUUCGUCAUUCCGGCGCGAGCACCGACUACACCGCCGACUCGUCCACCGCCCAGAACGACCAAGUCGAGGAGGACGAAGAGACCAUGUCUUAUUCCUCCGGCCCACCCUCCUUAGACUACACCCUCCACACAAACCGCCGUGAGCGGUACAUCAUAAUCUUUUUCUCCCUUCUGUUUUUCGAGUCCGGCAUCCUCCCCUUAAUCCUCUUCUAUAGUCUGGAAUGGGGUGCCCAUCUCAGCAUGACCAAGAACCUCGCUAUCAUUACAAGCCUCAUUGGCACAGUCAGUGGCCUCAAGCUCACUCAGCGCACCUUCCAGCUCUGGUUCGGGAAGGGACAUGAAAGUAGGAGGCCUAUCGGCAGCGGCCGCUGGGGUGUAGACGCGUUCCAUGUCCUCGUUUCCGUCGUACUCUGCGCUUUCUUUGUUCCGCUCAUCAUCGGCUCGUCCCUCAACCCCGCGUCACCUCGCACAGUCGCCAUGGCGCUUCCCUGCGUAAUGCUUACUUUCUCCAUUCCCAUGCUUGUUACCGGCCUCUUUGAUCGGCACAUACGCGUCCCCCUUCGCGUCUCGUCCCUCCCUCCGAACUCGCCCCUCCCCCCGCUCACGUACACCAUCGUCGAAGACGUCGUCGCCGUCGACGGUGGCGGCGGACUCGCCUUCCGCCACGCCUGGGCGCACCGCUACCAAACCUCGCUCGUCAUCCGGCGCCUCCUGCGCUGCCUCGCGCUCUGGUGGGGCGCGACCGGGCUCGUGCUCGGCGGCGGGCUGAUCGCGAUCGCGUGGACCGCGCCGGAGAACACGGCGUACGGGCUCGGGUACGGCAUGCCGUGGCUGUGGGCGAUGCUCGGCGCGGGCGCGACAAUCGUGCACGUGCAGCGCCAGCUGCGCGUCGAGCGCGAGGCGUGGGACGCCGUCGGCACCGGCGCCGUGCACCGCGACGUCCAGCUGCGCGUCCAGCUCAAGGCCGACGAGGCCGACCGCGAGGUCGAGCGCCGCGCGCGCUGGGAGCGCAGGCAGCGCGACCGCGAGCACCGCCUCAGCGGCGUCUCCGGCUUCAGCGGCGCGUCCAGACGCUCCAGUGGCGACGCCGUGCAGCAGCCCCCCAGCGUCGCGUGCCGCGACUACGUCAGCGGCGCCGCUCCGCUCCAACAAACCCCGAGUCCUGUCCCGAGCAGGCCCGAGAAGAUGCCCCUCCCGGAACGCACGCCGACACCCGAGGGGCAGCCGCAUACGCCGCCUGCGGUGCCGGCGCCGGAGCCUGCGUACCAGUCCGUGUAGACAUCGGUGCCUCUUUUUUUUUGUUCCUUGGUUGGUUUCGACAUGUGAUAUUUGUAGAUACCACGUUUACUUCCGUGUACUUUAUCUCUGGUAGUGACCCUGAUGUUUCGGUGUUGCUCGCUGUGGCCUCCUUUUGUCCCGGUUACUGUACAAGUCGUUCUUUACGCUAUAUGCUCUGGGAUGCCAUUGGUUGGUAGUGAUACUGUAGAUGCUGUAUAAUGUCUAUCGAGAUAUAUAUUGUCCGGAAAAGCUUGCAAGCUUUGACAGGGGUGGAAUUGCUUUGU